AUUUUAUUUUAGGAUAUACCAUCUUAAGUGCUUUACAUUUUGGCUAAAUUCAUAAGAAGAUUUAUACAAGUAUAUUAUGAUACAUUAGUAAUUUAGAUUUUAAUAAGUAUUCUGAAGAUCCAAUUAAAUAUGAAUCAGAUCUACAAAAACAUAUAUCCAUGUCAAUAUGGACAAAACAAGCUCGAAAAAGAAUACAGGAAUAUGCUAGACUCUGGAGGGCUAGACAUAUCUUAGAUGCUAUUUCUUUUAUAAAUGAAUUAUUUGUUGAUAGUUCAGAAGUCGAAAUAUUGAGUCUUGUCAAUGUAAUCGCAAGAAGAUUAAAAUUUUUAGGUGUACCAGAUUCUUCAGAAAACAAGCAAAAUGACAUUUCUGAUAAUGAGAAAAAAUUAUUUUUAUUAAAUCAAGGACACAGUGGUAUUUAUCAUUGUUGCACAUUUUGUUCAAGUGGUGGAAAAAAAGAUGUUGUUUGUGCCUGUGGAGGAAGAAUGCCAGGUGGGUAUCAUGGAUGUGGACAUGGACAUGUGGGUCACCCUGGUUCUAAUCAUUGGUCUUGUUGUGGAUCACUCUUACGCGACGGACGUUGUUUAAUAACUCGACGACAUAAAUACCAGUUUUUACUUUAAUACUUACUGUGUAUCCUGUCUAUGUCUGUCUGAAAAUAUUAGCUGCAAAUACUUAUAAUAGAUAAUAUCAUUGCAUAAAUUACUAUGUAUGUUUCAUGUAAAUAUACAAAUAAAUAUUAUUUUCAUUGUAAAUCCA